GCAAUCCUGCACCAAUUGAAGAUGUUUGGCAGCCGCAGGCGGUGAGGGCGACCAAUUUUCGCAGAGUCUCUGGUGGCCUGUGGCGGGCGGGCUGCGUCUGCCUGCCCCGCGAACGCCAACGUCACUGCGCUUGGGCCACGACGCUCUCUCGCCGAAGCGUAGUGAGCGAUUCCGAGGCUGCCCAUGGACACUCCCCUCCCCCGUGAAGCAUCGCGCAUGCGCCCUCAACCGCCGCUUCAACCUUCGCACGUCCACUGGCAACCUGUCGAUCAAGUGCACGCGCCCGUAGAGUUCUGCGUCGCCCUGCCCAGCCCCACGCUCCCAACCAUUGUGCUCAGCUAUCGACUGCAUCCCGCAAGUCGGCGCCCGUGAUCGUAACCAAGGAACACCCGCCGCCCGACCGCUAGUCGGUUCCACCUGGGCAAACCGACCAUGGAGACCAUUCGCGGUCUCCUCUGGAAACCGACGCCGGAAGAGCAGAAACGCAAAUGCAAUGCGCUCGUCCGGCAAAACGUGCGCAAGCUCGACCGAGACAUCAUGCAGCUCAAGCAGACCGAGGCCAAAACGAAGAACUUCAUCCUCCAAUCGUCGAAGCGCGCUCAAAAGAACCCGUCCAUGGCCAAGCAGGCUAACCAAGAUGUCCGAACCUUCGCGCGUGAACUUGUGCGCGUACGAAAGCAAAGUAGCCGACUACAGACGAGCAAAGCCCAGCUCAACUCAGUGCAGAUGCAGGUCAACGAGGCCUUCUCUGUGCGCAAGAUCGAGGGCAGCAUACGCGCCUCCACAGGCAUCAUGAAAGAUGUGAAUACGCUUGUACGACUGCCGGAGCUGACGGGGACCAUGCGGGAGCUCUCUUCUGAGCUUAUGAAGGCCGGCAUCAUCGAGGAGAUGGUGGGAGACACGCUCGACGACAGCGCAUUGAUGGAAGGGGAAGACGAGGAGGCUGAAGGCGAGGUCGAUAAGGUCUUAUCGGAGAUACUGAAGGACAGAUUGCCACCAAGCAAGGCAGCCGAAGAGGCGCUUCCUGCCGCGCCAGUCGAGGCAGAGGAGGAGGAAGAAGACAACGAAGAGAUGCUGAGACAAAUGAGGAACCGUCUGCAAGCUCUACAGAGCUAGCGUUUGCGAGUCACAUGCGGCAUGGUCUUAUAGAAGUCAGGCAUGGGUGGUGUUUUACGGACAUGGAGCGAUUGAUGUUUACGGGUUUAUGUGUAGCCUAUUUGGAGGCAUUUUGAUUUCUAACAUUUGAAGGUCUAUGGUGAAUCAUGUGGAUGUAGACGCAAGUCUAAAGAAGGCCCUCCAUUAUCAUGCAGCCGGCGACUUGAUACCAUAGGAGUCGAAUGGAAAGUUCUCUAGUGUGUC